AUGUAUGCAGCUGCCGCAAACUCGGCCGCGAACACCCUCUUAUUGUUCGGGCCUCAGAUCCCUCGGCUCGUACCGUCUCGUCUUACAGACCUUCGGAAGACAAUCCUGGAGGAUCCUAGUCUUGGAUUCCUCGUUCAUAUCGUAAGGGAGCUGCCCUCGUUAUGGGAGACUACGAUUCAACCGAGUUCUUCCAACUUUAGGCGUCUCGCAAGAGCUAAGCAGCAACUAGAACAACUAGGGACGUUCUUUGAGAAUCAGAACGAAGAGGCGCCCCGGUUCGGUUCCCCUUCCAACUUACUUCUCGCUCCAUUAACUGCUAUUUCGCAAAUUGUCGAAUAUCUCCGUCUAGGCCAUAAAGGUACCGUACAAGGAUUCUGUGUUGGCUUCUUAGCUGCUACCGCUGUAGCAAGCGCACGGGACAAAGACGAUUUAGAGAAGUGGACGGCCACCGCAAUUCGCCUCGCGGUUUGUAUUGGGGCCGUCAUAGACCUAGACGAACUAGAACGGUCGGAUGAGGGUGGAGAUUCUUCCCGGUCUAGCUCUACGUGGGUCACGCUCACGAUACCAGAGGGCCAAUUUACGAGCUUCGCUAGACAACUCGCAGAUGGCGGCUUAUCCGCUAAGCCAGUUGGUCUUUCUGGCCGAUAUCACACGACCAGUCCAGAUAGGACCGAGAUCGUUCAACAACUAAAAUUGCUAUUUCAGCAUAAUGAACACUUCCAGUUUCCGGCUGCUGAACGGCUGACCGUGCCCCUGAGAUCUACCCUGGACACGGAGAUUAUCACGAAAGGGGCGCUUCAAGAAAUCGCUCUAGACUGCAUCCUGGUGGGUGUAUGUAGGUGGUAUGAAACAGUUCAAGCAACGCUGGAUGCAUGGGAUGGCCAGCCGGUUAAAAUAAUACCAAUUGGCAGCAGCCCAGGGGCCGUGCCUCGAUCUCUCAAAUUAGCUACUGAUACCCCCACUAACGGGUACUUCGACCAGUCUCUAUUACCAGAAACAAGUUCGCCUUCUAGCGGUAUAACUACCGGCAACUUGGCUACUGGUCAGACGACCCCGAGCGGUUCUCUUCCUCCGACAGCCGUGGGAACAGCACAGCCCAUUGCCGUCAUUGGCAUGGCGUGUCGAUACGCGCAAUCUGAUUCUCUUGAAGACUUCUGGUCCUUGAUCAACUCUGGUAGAAAUGCAACCACGCCUGUACCUGAAAAUCGGUUCAAGUCCUCGGACUUGUGGCGUAAUCCUAAAGGUCCCUUCUUUGGUAACUUCCUACGGGAGGCGGAUGCAUUUGAUCAUCGCUUCUUCGGCAUGUCUGCUCGCGAGGCCGCAUCAAUGGACCCCCAACAGAGGCUUCUACUCCAGGUAUCAUACGAAGCCAUGGAAUCAGCCGGGUACGCGGAUGGGUCAGAGUCACCACACCGCCCUGUGGGAUGUUACAUUGGCGCGGGUUACGUCGAAUACGAGGACAACAUAGCUUCGGAAGACGCAACCGCGUUCUCGGCUACUGGAGCUAUAAGAGCAUUCAUCAGUGGUAGAGUCAGCCACUAUUUUGGUUGGACUGGUCCCUCUGUUGUAUUCGAUACGGCAUGUUCUUCAUCCGCCGUUGCUAUUCAUCAUGCUUGCAAGGCUCUCCAAACAAACGACUGCUCCGUCGCCAUUGCUGGAGGUGUCAAUGUAAUCACAAGCUCUACAUUCUAUCAGAACUUGGCAGCUGCCUCUUUCUUGAACACGACAGGUGCCUCGCGGGCCUUUGAUGCCCAGGCAAAUGGAUACUGUCGUGGUGAGGGUGCCGGCGUGUUAGUCCUCAAGCCUUUAGCACAGGCUAUAGCUGAUAAUGACCACAUCCUUGGCACUAUCACAGGGACAGCAGUUAACCAAAACUCGAGCUGCAGUCCUAUCACUGUACCAGACUCACAGUCGCAAAGCGAUCUAUACCUCCAAGCCCUCGCCGGAGGUGGAGUGUUGCCUUCAGAGGUUUCCUAUGUGGAGGCUCAUGGAACAGGAACCCCUGUGGGUGAUCCCAUUGAAUGUGCUAGUAUACGAAGUGCAUUCGGUAGCCCGAAUCGUACCCAAGAGCUUGUGAUAGGGUCGGUGAAAGAUGUGAUCGGUCAUACCGAAGCCGCAUCAGGAGUGGCGGGAGUUAUCAAGACGUUACUUAUGAUGCAGUACGGCAUAAUUCCUAAGCAGCCUAACUUUACUCGUCUUAACCCAAAGAUUCCCGCCUUGGAGCCGGAUAAGAUGGCAAUUGCCUCACAAGCUCGCCCAUGGCACACAAGCACACGGAGGGCGGCCCUUAUUAACAACUACGGGGCGGCUGGAAGCAAUGCCGCUAUUGUUGUUCGUGAGUAUCGUCGCAGCUCGGCAGCUGAAGAUGUUAUAAAUCAAUUGCCAGAAGAUAACAAGAUCGAAUAUCCAAUAUUCAUUUCGGCGAAGACAGCAGAAAGUGUUCGCGCGUACAGCGCCGCAUUAAAAUCAUUCUUGGACCGGAACCCCUCGAUUCAACUAAGCGAUGUAGCGUAUAAUCUAGCCCGCAAGCAGAACCGAAUGCUCGAAUAUGCUUCGACGUGGACUACUGCGAGUCUUUCCGCCCUUCGGAAAGACCUAGAAGCUAUUGCCUCUAGCUCACGCCCUGUGUUGCAGAGAAGCAUCGACAGGAAGAAGAAAACAGCCGCGACACAGUGGCCAGCACCAGUAGUGCUCUGUUUCGGUGGCCAGACAGGCCGUAGCAUCUACCUUUCACGAGAUCUCGUCCAGAAUACACCCUUUUUACGAGCUCAUCUCGAAAGCUGUAAUGAGGUUUGCCAGAGUCUAGGAUUGUCGUCGUUCUUCCCGCGUAUAUUCGAUCCGACCCCUGUAGAUGAUUUGGUCUUCCUGCAUGCCAUGUUAUUCUCAGUGCAAUAUUCAAGUGCCCAGGCCUGGCUGGAUGCUGGGUUGAAAAUAAGUACUUUGAUAGGUCACAGCUUUGGCCAACUAACAGCGCUUGUCGUGGCCGGUAGCCUGGAUCUUACUGACGGCCUCCGCCUGGUUACAGGCCGGGCUCGCUUAAUGGAGAAACUUUGGGGCGCCGACGCCGGUGUCAUGCUGGCGAUUGAGGGCGACACGGAGCGUCUCGACUACCUGCUUAAGACAGUUGCUGAAAAGCAAUCCGUCGACGUAGCCUGCUACAACGGCCCGCGCAAUAUCGUACUCGCUAGUGAUACGGCAGCAGCAGAUGCGGCCGAGAAGAUCUGUCGGGAGACGCCAGGCCUAAAGACGGUUCGACUAGCUAACAGCCAUGCAUAUCACUCUCGCCUUGCUGAUCCCAUUCUGGAUGACCUCCAAGCCUUAGCCUCAACUCUUACCUGGAGAAAGCCAUCAAUUCGCCUAGAGACAUGCUCGCCCAACCAGAGUUGGACCAGCAUUGAUGCUGCUAAGAUCGCAAGCCACACCCGUGAACCCGUCUAUUUCGGCGAGGCUAUUCAGAGAAUUGCCAAUCAAAAUCCGUCAUCCGUCUGGCUCGAGGCUGGUUCGGUAUCCCCAAUCAUUGGCAUGGUUGCGGGCAUUCAUGCAAAUUGCUUACAGGAAGGCGGUGGCGAUGACGAUGUCUCCGUGUGCAACGCCAUUGGAGAAGUACUAUGGAGCGAAUCGUUACUACAGUCAGUUAGCCAAGAUACAUCUUCUAAGAACCGAACGUGGAGAGUAUAUUCCAACAUGGAGGCCAAGGGCAAAAACACGCUCGUCAACGACGUAUUCGUCCUAGAUCCCACAACAGGUUCUAUUGUCCUGGCUUUCUUGGGCGCCGAGUUUACUCAGGUAUCCCUCACAUCACUACGAAGGGUCCUGUCCAAGAUAAAUGGAAACACCAUUACUCCUGCACCAUCUAAAUCCACCUCGCUUUCGUCGACCACAAAUAACGUCUUCGCGGAUACCGUCCAACCACAGCAACCACAAGUACCUUUUAACAACGACAUAACGCGACAUAAUGAUCAUUCCACGACGACGACUACGAAGUCCGAGACUAGUGUUACUCCCCUUGCCGCUUCUGGGGUCAACCAAUCUGUCCGCAAAAUGCUAAGCGACAUCUUCGGAAUGAGCAUCGAAGAGGUUCAACCGGACGCCGACCUCGCUGACUUGGGUGUUGACUCGCUAAUGAUCACCGAGAUAUCUAGCGAGAUUCAGAAGCACUUCGGAGUGACUCUAUCUAUUGACGACCUGCAGGACCUGACUGAUGUCCAAUCUUUAAUCCGGAUUCUAGGAGGGGAGUCGUCUAUCCCUACUCCUACUUCUACUCAUACUCCCACUCCUGCAGUACAAAGCCUAAAUGAAGUGACACAUGGCCACGAAGAGGAUGACGAAGAAAAAGAAGAUUCUAACGAUGACGGGGGCAUCGCAGCUGUUGCUAAUGACUGGCUCUGUGUAUACAGAAACACAUUCGAUGAGGACGCGCAGAAGCACGAUCUGAUAGGUUUCCACAAAGCCGUGUACCCGUUCCAAGCACAACUAGUCGUCGCAUACACCGUUGAAGCAUUCGCCGACCUGGGCUGUGACAUACGUACGCUUCGCUCUGGAGAACGUCUACCCGAUUUUAAAUACCUGCCGAAACACGAGAAGCUCGUAGCCCAAAUGCACAAGAUUCUAGAAGACGCGAGUUUAAUUACACUUAAAGACGGUAGUAGUAGGGCCAUCCGGACGGAUCAGCCUCUCCUGCGCAACACUGGCGCUCGGCUCGCCGAUUGCCUUGCAGGCCGGCUGGAUCCUCUGGCCGUUAUGUUUGGCGAUGCCGAGGCGCGCAAGUUAAUGGGAGAUGUAUACGCCACCGCACCCCUAUUCCGAGCCGCCACGUCCUUCCUUUCGCGGUUUUUGUCCAACGUGUGCGAGAGAUUCCAGGGCAAGCGUGAGAUCCGCAUCCUCGAGCUCGGUGGGGGUACUGGCGGAACAACUAAAACUCUAGUUGAUUUGUUUGAGAAGAGUGACGUGAAGAAAAGGAUCGUAUAUACUUUCUCGGACGUCUCGCGAUCGCUAGUAGCUGCUGCCAAGCGGAGAUUCGCCCAAUAUCCUUUCAUGGAAUAUGCGGUUAUAGACAUUGAAAAGGAACCUCCCACGGACCUCCAGGGACGGUUCGAUCUGAUCAUCUCAACUAAUUGUAUCCAUGCGACUUCGAACCUUGUCCGGUCGUGCACCAACAUUCGACAUCUACUGCGCGAAGACGGGUUGCUAUGUCUCGUCGAGAACGAGGAAAACCUGUUUUGGUACGACCUUGUCUGGGGGCUGGUCGAAGGAUGGUGGCUGUUCGAAGACGAUCGCACCCAUGCCCUGAUUCCUGCAGCGCGAUGGAAAACGAAGCUCCAGGCGUCGGGUUUCCAAUGGGUUGACUGGUCGACGGGUUCUAGCGAGGAGAGUAAAAUCUUACGCAUCAUAGCGGCAUCACCAUCUGCCCAGCUUUUGAGUCCGGCGGUUAAUAGUUCAAACCAAGAGCUAGAGAUAGUUCCCGAGACGCAGGAGACAGUAAUAUUCAAGCAUGUUGGACCCUUACCAUUACAGGCUGAUAUAUACUACCCACCAACACUACAGACCGGUAGCGAUGCGCGACCUGUUGCUUUAAUGGUACAUGGCGGAGGUCACGUAAUGCUAUCACGAAAAGACAUACGUCCGAAGCAAACCCAGAUCUUACUAGACGCCGGCUUCGUUCCUAUUAGUGUCGACUACCGCCUUUGUCCAGAGACCACCUUAGAAGAGGGCCCUAUAACAGAUGUUUGCGACGCUUUAAGAUGGGUACGCAACACACUACCAUCCCUCGCUAGAAAGCGAUCCGACGUCCGAAUUAACGGCGAUCGCGUAGUCGCAGUUGGCUGGUCAACCGGAGGUACCCUAGCCUUGAGCCUAGGCUGGAGCGCUCCGAGCACAGGCCUACAGCCGCCGCAGGCCAUCCUAGCCUUCUACUGCCCCACCGACUACGAAGAUAAAUCCUGGUCGCGAGAGAACAAGCCUUACGGAGACGCGGUCAUGACAGAAACGUACAACUUAUUAGACGGGGUAGAGGACUCGCCAAUAACGGCAUAUAACCCUCCCACAGGGUCACGAGCAGCAGGCGGAUGGAUGGCCAAGAACGACGCUCGCUCGCGUAUUGUCCUCCACAUGAACUGGCACGGACAAACAGUACCAGUCCUAGUCCACGGCCUAAAGAAGAAGAAGAACGCACAGCAGAACGGAACGCCACAACUACCAACACCUACACCCAGCCAGGUCCAAGCCAUCAGCCCACUAGCACACAUUCGAAACGGCAGCUAUCGCACGCCUACGUUCUUAGUGCACCCGUACGAAGACGACCUGAUUCCUUGGCAGCAAGCUCAGCGCACAGCCGAUGAGCUGUGUAGCCGGGGCAUCGAUUCGGAAUUACGACUUAUAAGCAAUGCUGCGCAUUUGUUUGAUAUGUAUCGCAGUCAUGAAGGGAAUGAAGAGGCCGUUCGGGCUAUUAAUGAUGGUUACGCUUUCUUAUCUCGUCACGUUAGCGGUGCUUAG